GGGAAAAUCACAAUGGGAAAUCCAUUCAGCCAAUAGAUAUCUAAUUGAAAUGGAAGCCGUGCCUGUUUCUAGAAGUUUCAGCUGAUCCAGCCCUGCAGAAGGUGACUCAGAAGAGAGCCGAGUUCAUCAAGUUACACACAGGUUCCAUCUGUUACUUAGAGCCUUUGUCAGAGGAGAGGGGAGGGCAUCAACAGCUUGAGCACUUGUUUCAUUUGUCGUGUUUAAGAUGGAGAGAAAUAUAGCCGCUCCACUAAGCUCGAAUGAAUUGUUGAUACUGUGUUCAAGAGGUAAAAUCUAAAUUAUAGGCUGGUCUGCUUCUGGAAUUGUGCUAAAAUGCUAGUGGUAUUUUAGACAGAUCGUGAGGGUUAUCAUCGCUUGGUGUGGAUGGAAGAAUUUCUGGGCAGUCAUGCCAAAGUUACAGAAGAAAAUCCUCUUUUGCCUGGCUGGUGUGUUAAGCUUUGCCUGUGCUCUCGGAAUUGCAGCAGCUCUAGGGAAGCAGCUCUGGGUCAAAGGGACAAUCCUAUGUAAAACUGGAGCCCUGCUGGUCAAUGCAACAGAGGAAGAGCUGCAGAAGUUUGUUGGGGAAAUACAGUAUGGACUUUUCUAUGGCCAAAGAGUAAAGCAAUGUGGGCUCGGGGGGAGACCCACUACAUUUUCAUUUUUUCCAGAUUUGUUGAAUGUCAUUCCUGCCAGUAUGCACGUCAGCGUCAUCAUAUUCUCCACAGCGCUCAUUGUAUUUGCCCUGGUGGGAACAGGCUUCUUCAUGUUCAAUGCCUUUGGUAAUCCAUAUGAGACUUUGCAUGGUCCCGUUGGACUCUAUCUUUGGUGCUUUGUUUCAUGUUCUUGUGGCUGUCUUGUGUUAAUCCUCUUUUCUUCUGAAGUGAAAAUGCACCAUUUAUCUGAAAAAAUUGCUAAUUACAAAGAAGGAAGCUUUGCUUUUCAAACCCAAAGUGAACAAUUCCAGACCUCUUACUGGAUUAUCCUGGUUUGCACUAUUACGCAUAUAGUCAAUGUUUUCCUGAUUCGAGUUACAGGUUUUGAUUUCCCAUUUGCAAAGUCUAAGGAUCUUGAGACAAAUUCGGGGGCAAUCGAUCUAAUGUACUGAAAAAAGCAGAGGUCAUACCAUUUUAGGCAGGCCUAGCGAGGGACCGGUUUGAUUUCAUACACAAGGUUAAUUACCAUUUGUUGUGUAGUUUAGUAUUCUGUGCAGACUAUAUUCAAACUCGCAAUGAUCACUCACUUAGUCUAAGAACCUUUCAUAAUAUUGCGAAUACAUAUUGUAUUUUCAAUCUAGUCAGUCAUCUAAAUACAUGAAUCAAGGAAAGCUGUCCCUUCAGGUAAAGUUGCAAUGGGCUCCAUCAUACUUGGCACAAAGUUGAAAUAAAGUGUUAGCACUUUAGUUACUUUGGACACUGAAACUGUUAAGUGUACAGCUCUCCAAACAACCACGUGAGUUUCUGAAGCUGGACCUGCUGCAAAGGUUUAUGGGAUAUAUGAUGUUGCUGAACUGGGGAAAGUUAUCUUUGACAACAGAAUAUAUUUAUCAACUGUUUGUACAUCAAAACGCAUGAUAAUUUUGCACCCACUUUUAGACUCCAAUGUUGGGUUGGGAACUUUUUGCAUCCUGUAUCAGUAUUUGAAAUAGUUUGUAUAUUUCAUGUAUAAUCCAUUCUAUUGUACAGAGCUGAGGAAUAUCUUGAACCUAUAUAAAUGUGUUAAUAAUAGUAUGGCUAAAGUUAAAUGUCCUACUUAUUAUACCUAUUUAUAAAAUAAGGAAGUUAGACUUUAAGAGAUUCUGUCACUGCAAAAUAUGUUUUUUUACAAAAAUGCAUCAGUAAAUAGUUCUCCUCCAGCAGAAUCCUGCACU